AAGCCAUUCGAUCCCCCAUUACAGUUGAGGCCGGUGGAAGACGAUGGAGCAGCGGGCGGAGGGCGAGUCGAUAAGAGUAGCCUCCGAGGAGCUCUCUCAGGAGUUCAAAACUUUGAUCAAAACGGAUGAUUUGAACUCUCUCAACCAUUUGCAGCACCUCAUAUUGGGGAGAUUGCAGGAUAGCAAUGCUGUCCUCUCUCAUUUUAACGAGUUCUCGGAGCAUUGCUUUGCUGAGGUGUCUGGAGAUCUAUCUAGAAAUACUCGUCUUUUGAAGUCCAUGAAAUCUGACCUUGAUUACAUAUUUCUGAAAAUAAGGAGCAUGAAAUCAAGAAUCUUAGCCACUUAUCCUGAUGCAUUUCCUGACGAGUCAACUAGUGAAGCUCUAGAUAGGAGACCCGACCUCGAAAGGCCUCAGUAACUACAGAAAUUACGACUGCAAGUAAUCAAAUACCCCAAUGUGAGUCAGAAAAUGUAGAUAAAUCAUCUUCCAGAAUCAUUUUUAUCAUAAGUUUAACUUAGACAAAUUUGUUUAUAUUGUGUUGGUGCCUUCAAGAUUUUACCUCAAUUGCUAUGUUUAAAGAUUAUUGAGGUACAUGGUAGAUCAUUAUGAGGAGAAAUCCAUAUGAAAUAUGUAUUUGUAAAAGGUAUAUUCUCCUUCUGCUAGGUUUUUCAUUUGUUAGCUUAAACUCAUUCUAGCUCGUAUUGGCCCCUUGUAUGCCUAUUGACGGAGCCUGCUACUAUUAGCACCUGAGGUUGAUAUAUACAAUCCUUUCGAUA